GUACACUGAGAAAACAGUCCAGCAGGCAGAAGCUGGGAGUGGCCGAUGAUGCAGUCAGUGUGAUGGCGAGCGGCAGGGAGAAAUGUGAGAGCGGCCUGUGAACUCUCUGCAGGCCCAUGCAGUCAUUUCCUCAGCGACUGAAGAGUGACACACACAGCUGUGCAGCUAUGAUUUGCACAGUGGGGUCUGUGCGGGGGCAGAAGAGGAGAGGAGGAGGAGGAGGAGGAGGGUGUGAGGAGGAAUAACCAACAAGGAAACCACUUUCAGCUUUGCUUUGCUCCUGCACCGCCUGGCUGGCCCUCAGCCAGGUUUCUCCAGUGAGAGGGCUGGCUCUCUCUCUCUCUCUCUCUCUCUCUCUCUCUCUCACCCCCUCUCCUCUCUCCUCCCUCUCCUCCCCUCUUUCUUUCUCUCCGUCUCUCCCAAACCCACAUACGCACUCUCCCCAGCGCAACAGGCGAGAAGAAGAAGAGGGAGGAGGAGGAAGAAGAAGAAGAAGAAGAAGAAGAGCGACAAGGAGGAGAACUUUUUGAGGGUUUCUUUUUUUUUUGGAACUUGUGAAGAUGUCCAACGUGUCGGUUUCGCAGACGGAUCACUCGGGAACGCCAGGAAAGUGAUUUUUCUUCUCUCUUUCCCUCUCUCUCUCUCUUUCUCUCUUUCUCACUUUCCCCCCUUGAGGAGAAAACAGGAGGGAGGACGCGCUUUUUUCUUUUUUUUUUCUCCCUUUUUUUUUUCUCUUUCCUCCGCCGCAUGAGACGUCAAAGUUGUGCCUCGGCGAACAAAGCGGGCGCCCCUGAGCUGGAGCUUUUUUUUCUUUUGCCCCGGAGUUUGUGAUUUCAUGUGCCCGGCUCUCCGCGGAGGGCAGCGAAGGAUGCCAGGAUGCCCCCUCUGAUCGCCCGUCUGCUUGUCAUCUGGCUGAGCGUCCACAGGCUGGUGUGGUGCACGGAGCGCUCCUCCACCCGGGAGCGCUUCAAGGUGGUCAUCGCGCCCCUCAUCUGCAAGCGGAUCUGCCUGAAGGGACAGUGUCAGGAUACCUGCGAGCAGGGCAACAACACCACGCUGAUCGCCGAGAACGGGCAGGCGGCCGACACGCUCAUCGGACAGGGCUUCAGGGUCGUUGUGUGUCCCCUGACGUGCAUGAAUGGAGGAGUAUGCAGCUCGAGGAAACACUGCCUGUGCCCGCCGGGCUUCACCGGGCGGCUCUGCCAGUUUCCCCUCCACCAGACACAGCAAGCCCAGGCAGCGCGAGGCAACAAGCAGCCCGUCUACCCCAUAUCUCUGAAGCCAGACGGCCUCAAACUAGGGGAGCAGUCAGCCAUAGGGCGCACCCAGCUGACGCAAACGCACUCAAUUUUCACCCUGCCCUUGACACAAGUGGGGCACCACUCGUCUGAAGUGCAGAUAAAUUUACGCGUUCACCACACGCCGGACACCCAUGUGGUCAUUCAACCCCUCGACCCAUCAGAUAUCAAGCCUCCUCACAAGACGGGGCAACGCCCGAUCCCCUCGAGGCACAAACCGAAGGGGCGCUGCUUCCAGGAGACCACGCCUAAACAAGCUUGCAAUAGCACCCCGCUUCCUGUUCUGACCAAUCAGGAGGACUGCUGCGGCACCGUGGGGAAUUCAUGGGGACAGAACAAGUGUUAUCAGUGCCCCAAACUACCCAAUGCGUCGGUCAAGCAGACCAUUGUGGAGGACUAUGACUCUACCUGUCCACAAGGCUAUAAAAGAUUCAACAGCACACACUGUCAAGAUAUCAACGAGUGCUCCAUGCAGGGUGUCUGUCUGAACGGAGACUGUCUGAACACGCUGGGGAGCUUCAAAUGUUCCUGCAAGGCCGGUUUGGUGUUAGAAAGGAACCGAUGUGUGAUCGAGACAGAGUCUCCAAAUGACCUGGCUCAGUGCUUCCGGUUAGCGUCUGAGUCCAGGGGCUGCGAGCAUCCUCUGCCCACGCCCCUCACCCAGGAGGUGUGCUGCUGCACUGUGGGCAAAGCCUGGGGACGCAACUGUGAACGAUGUCCUCAGGUGGGCACAGUGGCCUUCAGUCAGAUCUGCCCUGCUGGGAAAGGCUACUUCCUCCAGAAUAUAAGAGAGACCAUCAUCUUCCCUCCCAAGGAGGGACCAAACUGGCUGGACAGGCCGCCAGAGACGACGACGGCUGCCCAACAGGUUCCCACCACCACCACCACCACCACCAGCGGUCCUCGCGUGCCUGUUGUUAAACCCACCCCUCCGACGAUCAUCAGGUUGACCCCAGAGAGCGUCCCCUUCGAAACACAGACCAAAGUCUUGCCAGAGACAGAUGAAUGCAAGCUAAGGAACAUUUGUGGUCACGGGGAGUGUGAGAACAGCCUCAACGGCCACAUCUGUCACUGUCACCCCGGCUACCAUCUCAACCCGCAGAGGAACAUCUGUGAGGAUAAUAAUGAGUGUGAGUCAGACCCGUGUGGCCAUGGCAGAGGCCUCUGCAUCAACAUAGAGGGAAGCUACAAGUGCCACUGUCGUCAGGGAUAUAAACACAUGGUGCAGCACGGGAGACUUAAGUGCAUAGAUGUUAAUGAGUGCUCAAAGCAGGACAUCUGCGGCAUCGGAGGCCAGUGUGUGAACCUGCCCGGUUCUUAUAAAUGCGAAUGUCACAGCGGGUUUCGGAGCAAGUCACACCGUCAUACGGUCUGCGAAGACAUAAAUGAGUGUCUGAACCCAGACACUUGUCCCAAUGAGCAGUGCGAGAACACACCGGGCUCCUAUGAGUGCAUCCCGUGCUUGCCUGGUCAUGAGGCCCGAAAUGGAAUCUGCUAUGACAUUAACGAGUGUCAGAAGCCCGGCAUCUGUCCUAAUGGCCGCUGUGAGAACCUCCCUGGUACUUACCGCUGCCUCUGCAACGAGGGCUUCCUCCCAUCUUCAGACAGCAAAGGCUGCAGUGACAUCGAUGAGUGCGAGGAUGUCAGGCUGUGUGCCUACGGGCGCUGCAUCAAUACGGAAGGCUCGUUCCAGUGCCAGUGCUACCCGGGAUACCAGCGCACACAGGAGGGCAGCCACUGUGAAGAUAUCAAUGAGUGUGAGAGGCCGUCAAAUUGUCAGAGGGGCCGCUGCAUCAACAGCAUGGGCUCGUACCACUGUGAGUGCCAGAAGGGCUACAUGCUGAUCGGAGGCCGGAGAUGCCAAGACAUAGACGAAUGUGCAGACAGAAGCCUCUGCCAGCCCUACGGCUCUUGCGAGAACAGACCCGGCUCGUAUUUGUGUGUCUGCAAUCACGGCUAUGUCCUCUCAGAGGACAAGCACAGCUGUGAGGCAGUUCGAGUGCUGAUGGACGAGAAGAAGGAGUGUUACCUGAACCUCGAUGAUACCGUGUUCUGCGACAGCGUCCUGGCCACCAACGUCACCAAGCAGGAGUGCUGCUGCUCCAUUGGAGUGGGCUGGGGAGACCACUGUGAGAUCUACCCCUGCCCCGUCACCCAGUCAGCUGAGUUCCACUCCCUGUGUCCGAACGGGUUAGGCCUCUACCUCGAUGAAGGACUGCUGUACAGCCUGCCUGCCUACCAUGAUAUCGACGAGUGUUCUUUGUUUGCCGAUGAAAUCUGUAAGAAGGGUCACUGUGAGAACACGCUGCCGGGCUACGAGUGCUACUGUCAGCAGGGCUUCUACUAUGACAGCAACCUUCUUGAGUGCAUUGAUGUGAACGAAUGCCACGAUGAGUCUAUGUGUACUAACGGUCAGUGCGUCAACACCGAAGGCUCCUUCUACUGCAACUGUAACCGUCCCUGGACUCCGGACGUUAACAAGCAGAGGUGUGAGAUGACAACAGUAGCAGAUGUAAAUGAGUGUGAGGACCCGGCCAACUGUAAGAACGGCCACUGUGUGGACACUCCAGGGUCGUACUACUGCAUCUGCUCUCCGCCCUGGAUGCUGGCCACCGACCGUAACAGCUGUGUGACCCCCGAGGAGCAGGCUGAUGUGAAUGAGUGCCAGGACCCCUCGUACUGUAAGAAUGGGAGGUGUGAGAACACGCCCGGCUCCUUUCACUGUUUUUGCGACCCUCCCCUCACCUUCAGUGCAGCGCUGAAACAGUGCGUCUAUGACGAUCGUACUGCAGCCCACAAGGACGUGUGUUUCCUGCAGGUUGACGAGGGCUUGAUCUGCAGCGAGCCCAGGAACGGCUUGGUGGUGACCUACUCAGAGUGCUGCUGUCACUACGGUCGGGGCUGGGGGCCCGAGUGUAACACCUGUCCACCCAGAAACUCAGAGAUGUUCAGUCGACUGUGUGAGAUGCAUCUGGAGACUGAGUCUGAUGGGGAGCAGGAUUUCCUGGCAGCUUUUGCCAACUACAACCCUGGUAAAAGCAUCUUCGGAGACAGUUCAGAGGAGGAUUCGGAUGAAUGCAGCUGUGCAAAUGGCCGCUGUGUCCGCUCCUACCUGGGCACCAUGUGUGAAUGUAACACAGGUUUUAGGCUGGACCACUCCCGCACCCGCUGUAUAGACAUCGAUGAGUGUGCAGAACCAGGAGCCCACGGCAGCCCGUGUCGGAACGCUCGCUGCGUCAACACUGCCGGCUCGUACAAGUGCUUCUGCAAAAACGGCUUCAUGGCCUCACGCAGGCCGAACAUGUGUGUCCGCCGCAGGGCUCGGUAACCUCUGCGUGUCACUCUGUUUGUCCCUGUCGACAGUAGGCAACACACACAAACACAUCCUGUACAUACACUUGUGUCUCACAGUGCGAUAAAGGGGGACUGUGUGUGCGCAGUGAACCUAAAGACAUGAGAUCUCAUCAGGAGCCAAAUCAUAGCUCAUUGGCUCAUAUGAAAUGUACAAAAACAUAUCAUUGUCAGCUCCUCUUUCACAUCUCACAUUUAAAGAAAUAAUCAGUACUGAAAAGGAAAAUGUUUGUUUGUUUGUUAAACAUUUUUGUAAUUAUUGUUUUUUUAAAACUGUUUUUUUUGUUAAGUUUAAAUUGUGCAUUUUUGUGAUUUUUUUCAGUGAUCUCCCUGUUGCAGUGACAUUUCAUUCUUAAUUUGACUCUCUGAUCCUCAAGCCACCUCUUGUUGAAUUAAAGGUAUAUUAUGCAGGAUUUGUUGUUGCUGUCGGUAAAACACACCGUUCAAAGUCGGAAACUCCGCCCCCGGCUCUGCAGGUGGGAGAGAGAGAGCUGCUGUAGAGGGUGAAUGAAGAGAGAGAGCGGCAAAAGAAAGAACAAAGCAGCAAAUCCGAGAAGAAAAAGUUUUUUUUUUCAGAAUUUUCCACAGCAAUUACGUUCACAAGUACAUAUAAACACACCCACAUCACAACCCUCCAAAUUUUGUGUUAGCAGAGUCUCGCCCUCAGUCAAACGGACACACAGACCUGCAGCUCUUUAUGACUUACAGAGAGCACAGCAGAGAGACAGAGACAGCAAUGUAACCUGGUCGCCAUGUUUCUAGAGUUCCAACCGCACACCCUGCUUGCUUUUAUUGGCUGGAGGUUACAUACCACUGUCCAAAGGGUGACGCCCAAAAACGUCUUGAACGCAGCUAACUACCAUGAGAAUGAGAACACAAAGGCAGAGGGCAGGGUCUCUGCAAAAAAACAGACACUUCUAGUGGGGAUUGAGAGGCAUAUUUUUUUGUAUGCUCUGAUACACUCUUUUUUUUUUUUUUUUAAGGAAAAUCCUGCAUAGUGUGCCUUUAAGGAAAUGUGUUUCAAAGAUCUCUAUCUGGUAUUCCUGGUAUCCACGUCAGCCCAGUCAAUAUUUUACCGCAUCCCCCCCCUUACAUUCCCAUUUGAAUACACAUUCUUUCAUGUUUAAUUCUGAAUCCACACCAUCUGACUUGAGUUUUGUAACCACACAUUGCUUAUUUUGUGUUAUUGUACAGUUCGACUGAUGGAUCAGCAGUUUCUGUAAGAAUGGUCCCUGUCCUACCCCUGUUUAUUUGUUGAUGUAAAAUAUGAGAAACCUGAUUUUUUUGUAUAAUUUGACAUGUGCACCUAAGUGGACUGUAAGCUAGACAGAAAAAGGUCAUGCACUUAGUAAUGGAUAUAGCGGGAAUAUUUGCUACAAGCCAAGAACGUUUGACAUCUAUUGUCAUGACUGCUGCAAGUAUUUAGGAAACCAAAGACGCCGUUGAGAUUUAAAAAAAAAAGAAUUUCAUUAAAAAAAAAGAUGUCAACCAGUCAUGCAUUUGUUUUUCCUUUCGUUUGGGGUCGUUAUGCUUUGUUCACGCUCAUUAAAAAAAACAUAGUGUAAACAGAAAACAGAUCUGACACAUUCAGAGUUCAUAAACGGCCGGGGGGGGGGGGGAUUUGUGUACGGGGGACGGCGCUGUGGGUGAUUCAGUGUUGCCUUUCAAGCACGCCUAGAAAGCAAAUAAACUGAGCGCACGGCCACCGGGUUCUCCAUGGGGUCUUCCAUUGGGUUAACCUCUCUACUCUUCUGCUUCAAUGUACAAAUCUGUAACAUUCAUAAACUGAAUUCAUUUAACACAUUUUGUUGUUUGCAUGUUAUUCUGUUUGACGUUCAGAUCACUUAAAGUGAGUGUUGUUUGCUCUGUCACAAGCCAAAAACGCUGCAGCAUUUUAUUAUUUCAAACCGGGCAUUUAGUGGCAUAAAUAAGCAUUUUGCGUUUUAUUUUAGCAGUCUCUUAUCACCAUGAGCAGAAAUGUUUUAAGUAUUGAAAUGAGAGGAAUCAUGCUCUUCCUUCGGUACUGCUAAAUGGAGAUCUCUGUAGAAUGGACUGUUUCCAAAUUCUUGAUGCAGCCUGUUAAAUGUGACUCUUAUGAAUCUGAAAUCUUUCACUGUUCUCUAAGAUAUCAGUCUAACUAAAUCCCUAUAGAGCCUGUAGGGUAUGCUAAUAUAAGCUACAUGUCGUCCAAGAAAGUUGAUGGUGUUUUUUUUAUUCAACCCAAAUAACCCCAUCUGACUUUACUUUGAUUAGACCCUUAAUCUCAAGCCCCUCAAGAGUUUUGUUCAUGCCAGAUUAUACCGCUUUGGAAAUGUCACACAAUCUUACAUGCUUUAGUCUUCUCCCUGCUGUUCAAUUUACUUUUCUCAGCCAGGAAAUUUGGCUACAGUUAAAAUGUAAUUGCGUAGAGCUGUAAUUUAUUAAGGUGUUUCCUGGAAAUUACUAAGAAAUGUGUCUGGAAUGUGAUUUUAUAGAGUCAGAACCAAUGUUUAAUUGGCAAGAUCACAAUAACAAUAAUGAUUUCAAGUGUAAUAAAUGAAUAAUAAAUGAUUUACUUGGUUUUGGUUGAUCUGUUCUUCACCCAGGUCCUGGUCAAAAGCAAAAGCAAAAUAAAUCACAGUAAUAACAAUGAAAUCAAACUGCAGUUGUAGUAAAGAAGACAUAAAAUAAGCCACAUAUGUCAGUGUUGGUGGGUCAAAUUUGGGCAAAUGCCAAUGAAGUGGUGAAUAUGGUUGAGUAAACUGAAAAGCCCUCAGGUGACAUCAGCUACCUGAAGAACAAUCCCACCGUGUGGCUUCUUUGUGUUAUUAUAACUUCUACCAGGAACCACAGUAAACACAGUUCAGCUUCAUGCCCAGAUGCAGUUCAUCAAUGAAGACUGGUGAGUGACAGUGUGUCCCACAAGUGGAGGAUUAAUUUGUGGUGCCAGGGGAGGGUGGAGCGCUGCGUUCACAUGCUAAACUAACUUCAAAUGACUUCCAAUGUAUUCCAUUUAUCUUAUUUGCAAACGUUCUCGUUUAUUGUGUUGUUUCUUCUUUUAUAGUGUCUGUUGUUAUUUUAGUACUGUAAUCCAGCCAUAUGUGUUUUCUCUGAAUUCAUUUCCAACAUGUUCACAAUCAAAUGAUGAUUCAUUCAUUGCUCUUGUUUAGUUUAUAUGGAAUUUUUCCUUGUUGUCAUGAAAUAAAAUUGUUUAAUCAGC